GUAAGUCGUCGCUUUCCUUCCUCCUCUCUUAAUAACUCAAACUCUCUCCUCUCGAUCCAGAUCCCAUUCUCUCUCUCUCUUUCUCCAAUCCAAAUCUCUCCAAAUCAAAAAACAAUGUCCCGAUCCGAUUCGAGCAAGCAACAAUACUACGCAACAAGCAGCCUCGUAAUCGGCUACGCACUCUGCUCCAGCCUCCUCGCCGUCAUCAACAAAUUCGCAAUCACCUACUUCAACUACCCCGGCCUCCUCACCGCUCUCCAAUACCUAACCUCCUCCGCCGGCGUCUACCUCCUCGGGCAGCUAGGCUUCCUCCACCACGACGCCUUCACCUGGUCCACCGCCAAGAAGUUCCUCCCCGCCGCCCUCGUCUUCUACCUCGCCAUCUUCACCAACACCAACCUCCUCCGUCACGCCAACGUCGACACCUUCAUCGUCUUCCGAUCUCUAACCCCUCUCCUCGUCGCCGUCGCCGACACUCUCUUCCGCGGCCAGCCUCGUCCCUCGAGACUCACGUUCUUGUCUCUAUUGGUGAUCCUCGCUGGCGCUGUUGGCUACGUGGCUAACGACUCGGCUUUCACUCUAACCGCUUACUCAUGGGCCUUGGCUUAUCUCGUGACGAUCACUACGGAGAUGGUUUAUAUUAAACAUAUGGUUUCGACUCUUGAGUUGAACACUUGGGGGUUGGUUUUGUAUAACAACCUCUUGUCGUUGAUGAUUGCGCCUGUUUUUUGGUUCCUAACGGGGGAACACACGGAGGUUUUCACGGCGGUUAAUGCUAACGGAGGGAACGUGUUUGAGCCGGUUGCGUUUUUCGCUGUGGCGUUGUCGUGUGUGUUUGGUUUUCUCAUUAGCUUCUUUGGGUUUGCUGCUAGGAAAGCUAUCUCGGCUACUGCCUUUACGGUGACGGGGGUUGUGAACAAGUUUUUGACUGUUGUGAUUAAUGUUGUGAUUUGGGAUAAGCAUGCGACUCCCUUUGGUUUGGUUUGUUUGCUUGUUACGAUUUGUGGUGGUGUUGGUUAUCAGCAGUCUGUUACUGUGGGUAAGAAGCCGAGUAAUGGUCCGUCUCAAGUGUCGAACAAGGGUGAGGAUGAUGAUGAGAUGAUGGAGUUGGUUCCGGGGAAAGUAGCUACUAAUGUAUGAGAGAGGUUUCAUUUUGUUUGCAUCCCCCUUUUAAGAAGAGGUUUUGGCAUUUGAUUUUCGAAUUUUAUGGUUAAUGGCCUCUAUAGUAUCAAUUUUGUAAACAUGUUUCAUUCUCAUUCUUCUCUACCCAUUUAUUAUACAAGAAAAUCAGUUUUAUCUUCCUUCUUCUAUGCAGUGUAAGAUUUUAGAGAUGUCGGGUCUUUCCUGCUGUGGUAUGUUUUUUUUUUUUUUUGAUGAAAAAUGUGAAAGAACAGUUACAGGUCCCUUUUGCUAUGCGAGUUAAUUAGCAAAUGGAUGGAUGGUAGUAAAAUAGUGUUG